AUGCUAGGAUUCCUCAAACGCGCCCUGCGCGAACCACGCACAAAUGUGUACGGUCUAGACCAUGCCGUCCUCAACAUACAGCUCCCACAGCAGAGUAUGUGGAUGAAUAUGGGGUACUGGGAGUACACAAAUGACUUCCCAGAAGCCUGCCAAGCGCUCCUAGAUCAAGUUCUCACGGCUGCGCUGUCAACGGAGAAGGCAUCUGCCAUAAGAGUCCUGGACGUCGGCUGUGGGUGUGGCGAUCAGUCGUUGUACCUGACAGGGAUUUUAAAUGGCUCUUCUUCUACAUCCCAGUCUGGUCCUGGAUCUGGGACCGGGAGCGGGACGACAACUUCCUCUAUCCCCAGUGCCCAUUCAGAAAUCCAACCAUCAGAGCCAGGCCUGAGGUCUCGCCAUAGCAAGACCAAGCUUCAAUCUUACUCUUUACUCCACCUGGAUUCCUAUGUAGGAAUUACGCUGGAGCCAGCGCAGGCUGCGCUGGGCUCACGCCGCCUGAACCAUGUGCAGCGAGAGAGCGAGAACUUUAUCCCAGCAGAUAUCUUCUGCGCAGAUGCCGCAAACCCCAGCUCUUGGACUGGGGAGUUGAAGAAAUCAAUCACGGCCCUUGAAGACGCGUCAACUAGACAAAAUAAAAACGGGGACACAUCUACAUGGCUACUGGCCCUGGACACAAUAUACCACUUCCGCCCCUCCCGCCUACCUCUCCUGACAUACGCACACAGCACUCUCAAUGCCUCAUUCAUGGCUUUCGACUUGAUACUAUCCAAUAGUAUAAACUGGUACGAAAAGAUCCUCCUCCGACUCGUGUGCUGGGGCACAAACUCCCCGUUCGGGAAUUUCGUUUCAGAGAAGGAAUACGUGGAGCUACUUGUUACAGCUGGGUAUGAUCCUGCUUUUAUUGAGCUCCGAGAUGUCACGCAGCACGUUUUUGGCGGGUUGGCGGAUUUCAUUGAACGCAGGGCUGAGGAGGCGAGGCCGUUUGGGAUUAAAUUGGGCAAGUUUCGUGGAGCGAAGUUUGUUUUUGGGUGGUGGGCUAAGGGGAGGAUCGUUAGGGGUGUUGUUGUUGUCGCGAGGAAGAAGUGA